GAGGAACGUGAAAGGUAGGGAACAAAGAGGGAGAAAGACACUUAGUAGCUCAUUGUCUAUCCUGGAAAGCUAAGAAAGAUCAUCCUUAAAGAACUGGAAAGAAGCAGAGAAGACCAGACCUUCAGAAUGAGCAACCAUAACUAUGAGGAGAUGAAAGGCACUGCUUCUGUUACAGACCAUCCAAGCUCUCACUCAGAAAAACAUUUCCACCAGGAGUCUGACUCACUAAAGCUUCCUCUUCGACCACCACCACCCAUGAGCUAUGGGACACCUACACCUCCAUCAUACCAAUCUUCUUGUGGGCCACCUGAUCCCCAACUCAGCCAAGGACCAGAGUUCCAGUCUCAGCAGGCCAUCUUCAUCACACCUGUCCAGCCUACCAAAGAGCCAGAUAAUGUGGUCUACUCCAUCUUUACCCUGAUGUGCUGUUUCCUUCCCCUUGGGAUUGUUGCCUUAAUUUAUGCACUAAAGACACAAGAAGCCAACCACAAUGGAAAUGCCAUGGUUGCUCAGAAAUAUUCUAGACUGUCACGCAUAAUGGCCCAUAUAGCAUUUGGGUUCGGGCUUCUGAUCUGGACUUUGUAUAUCACCAAACUGACCAUCAUUUCUAGGAAACACGAUGAGACAACAGACCAAGGUCUGACCAAUCUAUCAACAAAUAAUCCCUGAAGAUGCAUUGUGUGAGGCUUAAAUCCUCAAAGACCCUUCACUGUCCUGUGAUUCUCAAAUAACAGAAUGACUG